AUGUCGGAGUGUUUUGAAUGCAGUGCUCUUGACCAUUGGUCCAGAGAGUGCCCCCGGCGAGGGCGAGGAGCGAUUGUACCAGCUCCCAUUGCACCUAGACCAGUUUCAGCAGUGCCCCCUCUAGCUAGAGGUGGUGGUCAGGACCACGGUCGUCGAGACAGCCGACAGGGUACCAGAGGCGGAGCUCGAGGAGGCAGGCUAGGUGGUAGAUCAGAUGCAUCGGGCAAAGGUGCUCAGGGCCAUUUCUACGCAGGCCCGGCGAGGGCGACGGCUGAGGCAUCUAACGAUGUUAUCACAGGUACACUUUUAUUAUGCCAUCAGCCUGCUACAGUAAUAUUUGAUCCCGGGUCCACAUUCUCGUCUGUAUCUGUUUAUUUUGCUCCUCAAUUGGGUGUGAGGUCUGAGUCUUUGGCAGAGCCAGUUCAUGUUUCGACCCCGCUUAUUUGGCUUAAUUUGCGAGAUGUGAAUAGAGAUGACUCUUCAGUUGAUGCAGUUCCUGUGGUUAGAGAGUUUGCAUAUGUGUUCCCUACAGACCUACCUGGCCUACCUCCAGAUCGUGACAUUGAUUUUGCCAUAGAUUUGGAGCUUGACACCCGUCCUAUUUCUAUUCCACCUUACCGGAUGGCUCCUGCAGAGCUUAGGGAGCUCAGUGCUCAGUUAGAGUAUCUCUUAGCUGAACAAGACAACCCUAAGACUGCAUUUAGGACCCGUUAUGACCACUAUGAGUUCCUUGAGAUGUCUUUUGGGUUGACUAAUGCCCCUGCUGCCUUCAUGGACUUGAUGACACGUGUGUUCAGGCCAUACCUUGAUUUAUUUGUCAUUGUCUUCAUUGAUGACAUACUGGUAUACUCGCGGAGCCGGAGUGAGCAUGAGCAACAUUUGAGGAUAGUGCUCCAGACUUUGAAAGAUCAUCGACUUUAUGCCAAGUUCUCAAAGUGCGAGUUUUGGCUUGAGUCUGUAGCCUUCUUGGGGCACGUGGUGUCCAAGGAGGGUAUUAGGGUUGAUCCGACGAAGAUUGAGGCUAUUCGUGAUUGGCACAGGCCCACUUCAGUUACUAAGAUUCGGAGCUUCGUCGGACUAGCAGGCUACUACAGACGCUUUGUUGAGGGCUUUUCUACUAUUGCAACCCCGUUGACCCGAUUGACUCGUGUUGAUGUUCCCUUUGUUUGGUCAGAUGAGUGUGGGGCGAGCUUUUUGAGGCUCAAGGAGUUAUUGACCACCGCUCCUAUAUUGACUCUUCCAGUUGAGGGUGAGGGCUUCACAGUUUAUUGUGACGCAUCCGGCGUUGGUUUGGGUUGUGUAUUGAUGCAGCAGGGCCAGGUUAUUGCUUAUGCAACGAGGCAGCUUAAGAUCCAUGAGCGCAACUACCCCACUCAUGACAUGGAGUUAGCGGCGGUAGUUUUCGCGCUUAAGAUUUGGAGGCACUACUUGUAUGGAGUUCGAUGUGAGAUCUAUAAUGAUCAUAUGAGUCUUCAGUACAUCAUGAGCCAGAGGGACCUCAAUUCGAGGCAGCGUCGUUGGAUUGAGCUCCUGAAAGACUACGACCUCUCUAUCAUCCGGGCAAGGCGAAUGGCUUUUCAGGAGGAGUUGGGCACCCGUGUCCACCUUAGCACAGCAUUUCACCCACAGACGGAUGGUCAGUCAGAGCGUACUAUUCAGGUCCUUGAGGAUAUGUUGCGGGCCUGUGUUAUGGAUUUUGGAGGUCAGUGGGACCAGUUCUUGCCUUUGGCGGAGUUUGCGUACAACAACAGCUACCACUCUAGUAUUCAGAUGGCCCCGUUUGAGGCCUUAUAUGGUAGGCGUUGUCGCUCUCCAGUUGGUUGGUUUGAGUCUACAGAGCCUAGGCCGCGUGGUACAGAUUUGCUUCAGGAGGCCCUGGAUCAGGUGAGGGUGAUUCAGGAUAGGCUCAGGACGGCUCAGAGUAGGCACCAGAGUUAUGCUGAUCAGAGGCGUCGACCUUUGAAAUUCUCUGUUGGUGACCGGGUAUUCCUUCGUGUGUCGCCCAUGAAGGGCGUGAUGAGGUUUGGGAGGCGGGGCAAGCUUAGCCCCAGGUACAUUGGGCCUUUUGAGAUACUCCGGACAGUUGGGGAGGUUGCUUAUGAGUUGGCCCUACCUCCAGUAUUUUCAGCCAUCCACCCAGUGUUUCAUGUUUCGAUGCUGCGGCGGUAUGUUCCUGAUGAGUCCCAUGUGCUCCAGUAUGAUGCAGUCGAGUUGGAUGAUCGUUUAGCAUUUGUAGAGGAGCCAGUUGCCAUUCUAGCCAGAGAUGUGAGGAGAUUGCGCUCGAGAGCCAUUCCUGUUGUUAAGGUCCGUUGGAGGCAUCGUCCAGUCGAGGAGGCUACCUGGGAGACCGAGCAGGAGAUGCGAGAGCAGUUUCCCAGCUUGUUUGAGCCUUCAGGUACUUCUUGAUCCUUUCUUUCGCGGACGAAA